AUGUUACGGGGGCACGGUGAGGAGGGGUCCGCGAUACAACUUUGGGACGUGGCCACGGGUGUGCUGCAACAGACGCUCGAGGAGCACGACGUCGGUAAUAAUAUGUUCCUAGUAGCUUUCUCGUCCGACUCGAGGCGGAUAGCGUCAUCUUCACCCGACGUUGUACGGCUCUGCGACGUUGUACGGCUCUGGGACACUGCCACUGGUGCACUGAAGCCGAAGCUUAGGAAUAAUAGCUAUUACGACUUGAUAGCCUUCUUGCCUAACUUAAAUAUACUAGCAUCAGAUUCGCACAACCAAAUAGCGUUGGUAGCACAGCUCUGGGAUAUGGCUACUGGCACCUUACGACAAACGCUCACGUCACCUAAUAGCGUUUCCAAUCCAAGGCGCGCCCUAGAAGGCAGAUUAGUAGCUUUCUCACCUAACUCGAGGCUGCUAGUUUUCGCACCAACCGACGGCACAAUAGAGCUCUGGGACACAGCUACUGGCAUGCUACAGCAGCAGCUAAACCACUCUUAUAGAGAUCUCCGGUUUGUAACCUUCUCCCCCGACUCAAGGCUACUAGCAUCAGCAGAUUGGGGUGGAUUGAUACUGCUCUGGUAUGUAGUCACCGGCAAACCAUAG